AAUGCAAGGGACUAGGUAGGAUGCUGACAAAUGAAGAGGGGUUCUUCCGUCACUUCAUUUCACACCUUACCCCUUUAAUUUACUCACCAUAUAUCACUUUAUACGAAACUCCCUCCUCUUUUCUCUGCUCUUUCAACUAACAAUCCUCACCUUCACCUUCUCAAACUUAUAUACAAACACUCUUCCUUUUUCUUCUUACACACACACACACACACACAAAAAAAAAAGGAAGGUUUACACUAUGAGGACAAGCAACCAUUUAAUAGGUCUAAUAAAUUUCUUCACUUUUCUAGCAUCAAUCCCAAUAUUAGGUGGUGGAAUAUGGCUAAGUAGUAGAGCAAACAACACAGACUGUUUAAAGUUCCUUCAAUGGCCAUUAAUAGUUAUUGGUGUUUCCAUUAUGGUUGUUUCUUUAGCUGGUUUUGCUGGUGCUUGUUAUAGGAACACUUUCCUCAUGUACCUUUAUCUAUGGUCUAUGUUCUUUAUCAUUGCUGCUCUAAUUGGUUUUGUUAUCUUUGCUUAUGCUGUUACUGAUAAAGGGUCGGGUCGACCCGUUAUGAACCGGGUUUACUUGGAGUACCACUUGCAAGAUUAUUCUGGUUGGUUACAAGAAAGGGUGACAAGUCAGAGUUAUUGGUCAAAAAUUAGCUCAUGUAUUAGGGAUUCACAUGUUUGUGGUAAGAUGAGAAGGACUUAUAAUGGUGGAAUUCCAGAGACUGUUGAGAUGUUUAAUGUUAGAAGGCUUAGUCCACUUGAGUCUGGUUGCUGCAAGCCUCCUACAGAAUGUGGGUACACUUACCUGAAUGAGACAGUGUGGAACCCAGGAGGUGGGAUAGUAGGAGGUGAUCCUGAUUGUGCUAGAUGGAGCAAUUAUCAACAGCAGCUCUGCUAUAACUGCAACUCUUGCAAAGCUGGUGUCCUGGCAAGUCUGAAAAAGAGUUGGAGGAAAGUGUCUGUCAUCAACAUUGUCAUAUUGAUUAUUCUUGUGAUUAUGUAUAUGGUUGCAAUAGCAGCCUUUAGGCACAACAAACGAAUAGAUAACGACGAGCCUUAUGGAGAAACUAGGAUGGAGAAAACUCAACCUAGCAGGAUACACUUCUAAGAGUUUUCCCUAGGACAAGACAGCAAAACUUGAAAUGUAUUUUUCCUAUGUUUGUUAUUUUUAUCUUAUUAGAACAAAGUUGUUUCCUCACAUACUUCAUGUACCCGGUUUUCCCUCCCAAGAAAAUUCACUAUCGAAA